UCCAGACACCAACUCAGACACAGCAGAGCGAGCUCGGAGCUAAACAGCCAGGACCGCCAGCCGAGACCCCCGCAGGGCGGCCGCUGAUCUGGACACGUGUGAGUGCCAUGGCCAUGCAGAGAGGAGUCAUCUUCUUCCUUUGGGUUCUGGUUCUGGCGAGGACGGCCGUGAUUCAGGAUCAGUGUCGGGUCAUAGAGCUGAUAAGUCGUAAACUACGCCUUGAAAAUCGCAUCAUGUACAUGCACGACUACUUCCCAAUAGAUUAUCAGCUGCUUGUGAAGCACGAGGAGAUCCUGGGUUGUCAGAACGUCAGCAACCUGGUAAAUGACGGGAUUACAGUGGACGAGCUGCGCUUCCUGUGGGGCAUUGUCAGUGAGAACGUUCUGCAGAGCGUAUGGAGCAUUCUGCCCCCGAGACAUCCCUCCCGAUCCUACGUCAGUGACCUGAGGAACGUCUUCAAUGUGCUGCAUACCGGCGCCCAGCCGGAACUCGGUGACAACAUCAAGGAUGUUCUGGAGCGGCUGUGGACACCGGGAGACAAAAUGACGAGUGUCGCUCCGAAGGAUCUGCUGUAUGACUGCCUGCGCGUGCUGGACAUCUUGUACCGGGAGGACUGUGACCUCUGCGUGCCAGGGUCAGCGGUGGAGGACGCCCUCUGUCCUAGUGGGACGGUGCCGGGAUGGUCAGCUGCGCAGAGGCCGUCCUGUUAGAGGAGGUGUGGUCACAUUCAGCGGAGUCCUCCAAUGUGCAGUGAGACGGGUGAUCGGCCCUGCGAGCUCUACCGCAGCCCAACCUCCUAGGAGCCACCAGCGGCUGGCUGCAUGUACGGACUAGAGGCAAAGACCAGGGCCCCCUCAUACCCGGACACCCUGCU